CCCUCAACCAUGGGGAACAAGAAGUAAUGCCUGGGAGAAAAAAAAAAUGUGGAUAUUCGUGUCAAAUGUUUUCAUUAUUUUGUUUUAUUAUUGCAGGUAAAAUGGGGCAGAGCUGGUGGAUCUUGACUUUGGGUUCCAAUCAAAAGAAACAGUGAAGACGCCAAGGAGGGUAUAAUCGUAAUUCCACAUCACGGGUCCCGUACCAUUAAGAGAGAGAGAGGAGAGAGAAAGAGGAGGGAGGGGCAUCACCAUCAAAGCAGGCAGGCAGCCUUCAGAAGAAGACCCAGUCCCUAAAAACAAGCUACUCUACCAACAACUUCAAAUUCAGAAAACUCUCUCUCUACUUUAUAUUUUUUUUUUAUCCCUCAUACUUUCUCUCUCUAGAAAUAAAAACUUAUCAAAGAUUCAAGAAUCCAAGAGUCCAGCUUUCCUCUGUCCACCACUCCACCUAUAAUGUCUAUACAUCAUAUUAUAUAUGUAUCUACGUCUUUAUUCUUACACAUACACACUCAGAAAGACAGCAAAGAGAGAGAGAGAAUAAAUAAAUUAGUGUGUGUGAAUGUGUAGAGAGAGAAAGUGAGAGGUGGCUCUUCACAUUACAAACAUCACACACAGAAAAAAAAAAAAGCAGAUAUGGCUUUUGUGCCACAACUGCCCUUCAUCAUCAAACAAACAACUACGUUUGUUUUUUUGGUUGCCCGAAUUAUGUGGGCUUUUUCGGCCCUUUGUCUUGGUCAGAGUUUUCUUCCCACAGGGAAACAAAGAAAAGAAAGAAAGAAAAGAAAGAACCUUCCCCCCCACCCUCUCUCUCUCUCUAUUUUCUCUCUCUAUUUUACUGCCCUCUCUCUCUCUCUAUCUCCCUCCCCUAUUAUAUCUUCUCUCUAUCUCUCUACAUACAAAUAACAAACCCACCUUUCUUUAUUGCUUGCCCAUCUCUCUGUCUCCUAUUUCUUAUCUUUUACCCUAAUUUUCAUUAUUCUUGCUUCUCUCCAUAGAAAUUUCUGCCGCUCGAUCUGUUUCAAGAUCGCAACUUUUUUGUGGGGUUUGUAUUAGGGUUGUGGUAUUAUGUCGAAGAGGAGGAAUAAGGCGGUGGUUUUGGAUUCAGCGCCGCCGUCUUACGGCGGCGGCGGUGGUGGUGGUAUGUACGAGGAUUCGAGGGCCAGGCUGAAACAUCAGACUCUUAUGCAAGAAUAUCAAGAGUUGCAAAAGGAAGUUAAUGGUAUGAAAAGUAAAUUGGAGGCAGGAAAACAGAGGAAGAUGAUGCUUGCUGCUGAAGUUCGGUUUUUGCGAAGAAGAUAUCAGCACUUUGUGGAAUCGAGGAAUAUGAUCAAUUCGUCGGAAAAGGAAAAAAAUCUACAACGACCGAAACCGAUUAAGCAAACAGUGAACAGAAAAGAAGUGGGCCAUACUAGACUAUCCCAAGUUCCCGAGCCUAAACCUAAGAGGAAACGUGUUACUAGUAGAGGAGAAACUUCGACUAAGAAAACAAAACCAGUUCUUGAUACAUCUUUGAGGAAUUCCGUUGUAGCUUUCGAUCUGAACCAGGAUAGUUAUAACAGUGGAUGCGGUAAAGAAGCGUCUUUUCCCAGCCGAGCUCCUAUUUUCGACUUGAACGAAAUCUCGACGGGAGAUGAGGAUUUCCAGAGUAACGUUGAAGCAGUGAAGAAAACGAGAAGCACAAACGAAGAGGUGCAGAAUGAUUUAAUGCUUUCGAUAUGUAGAAAUGGCGGUGAAGUAGUGCCUUCGUCUCGUGUUGGGAAGAGGAAAAUUUCGUGGCAGGAUCCUGUUGCAUUGAGAGUUUGAAGCCCUAACAACUUUCGUAUGUAGAGUAUCUAGUGUUCUUAUAUAUAAUAUUUUUUUUUCAAUUAGUUGUAUACAAACUUAUGUGUUAGAAACCAUCAAACGGCUGUAAUAAGUCAUGAACAUAACGUAACUAUUUUUUUUUUUUUCGAGCUUUCGGCGUGAAGUUUGCUAACUUCUGUCGCUUGUAGAAGAAGAUGUAAAGACAGAAGCAAUUUUGUUAUAACAAGUUAUUUGUAUUGUA